GAGCUUCACCGAGCCAUUCAACAUUGUUCUCAAGACAUUUGACGUAUCUUUCAAAACAACAAAGAUAUUUGAGGUUCAAACGUUAGAUGACGCACCCUGUAUAUCACUACUGUUAUCAUGCCGGGAGAGGUCAUAUCUCGGGAUUAUCUCAAUACUAAACUUCGAAAAUGGCGAAUUAAUAAAAGGUCGGGAGUUUCUGGCGGACCGUCAUUUGGUAAAAUGAUGUUAUAUGUGCAAUUAGCAUAUUGUGCAAUUAUAUUACUUGCGAACCUACAAAAUGCAGCCAGCGCCAAAUACAGUGGAGUAUCAGCCAAUUCCGCGGGAGCGGUUCUCGAUCAUUCACAAAACGCCAUGUGCGAUUCGUGUAACGCCCCUGGGCAUCCAAGAGGACACGCUUCGGAUCCAACGCAACAAGGACCCCUCGACAGCGUCGAAAAUUAUUCCCGUACCACGAAGAGCAGGAAAUCUGGGUUCUUAAACAGGUACGAUCAGAACGUGGUGGCUCAUUUUAUUCUGAGGUCUCAAAGAAGUCAGCGAGCGAUGGCGAUCUUGAACAGAGGCGAAUCUUCGGCGUCGCUGACGUUUUCGGUCGGGGAGCUGCAAAUUAAUUUUCCGAUGAUGAAGGAGUGGAAUAUGGGUCUUCCUUAUACGGACGAAAUGCCGACGAAUCAUGUUGUAAUUGUGUUACGGCACCAUCAGGGUAAACGGGGUGAUCCGAAUGCUGAGGUUUUUGUACAAACGAUUUAUCCGAAGCAAUGGUAGACUGUUGGUUUAUUUGGCAGUCACGGUUUAUUUGAUACUGGUACAUUAACCCUUUGCGCUCAAGAGGUGACUCAGUCCCCAUUGUAUUUAAUACAAUAAUUUG